GACAAAUUGACCACGAUGCCUGGGAUCUUACGCAAAUCGCACCCUGGGUCAGAGGUCGCCAUGGCGGUCUCACAGGUCGGCAAGCCCGAUUUCUACCUCAUAUCCAGCGAAGACGCGGCUUACGAGCAAGACAUCCUCCGGAACCCUGGAAGCGUACGGCCAUGGCUGAUUUACAUCGACUUCAAGAUGCGCAAUGGAACGAUUCACGAGCAAGCGUUCGUACAAGAAAGGGCAUGCAUACAGUUACCGCGGUCUUACAAACUGUGGAAGUUGUACUUGGACUUCCGGAUUCAACAUCUCAGGAGGAAGAACCCGGUCAAGUACAAGACCGAGUUUAGCAAAGUGAACGCUCUGUUUGAGAGAGCGCUCAUCCUCCUGAACAAGAUGCCAGUAAUCUGGGAGAUGUACCUAACGUUCCUCCUCCGGCAGCCCUAUGUGACCAAGACGAGAAGGACGUUUGAUCGAGCCCUCCGGGCUCUACCAGUGACCCAACACAACCGGGUAUGGAAACUCUACAAAUCGUUUGCAAACUCUGCAGGAGGAGAGACAGCAGUCAGGAUAUGGGCACGAUAUGUUCAAAUCCACCCAGAGGAUAUGGAAGAUUACAUCGACCUCUUGAUCGAGACCGGACACUACCUCGAAGCCGUCAAGCGGUAUAUUCAGAUCCUCGACAACCCCAAAUUCCGCUCCAAGCAUAUCAAGAGCGAAUUCCAGCUGUGGAGCGAGAUGGUCGAACUGAUGGUCAACAAAGCCAGAGAAAUAGGCGACAAUUCAGUUUCGGGCUUUGACCCUGACACGAUCAUCCGCAGCGGUAUUGAACGCUUUGCCGAUCAACGAGGCAAACUUUGGGCUGGGCUGGCAACAUACUGGAUAACCCGAGGCGACUUCGAAAGAGCACGCGACGUGUUUGAAGAGGGCAUCACGACGGUUAUGACAGUCCGGGAUUUCACCAUGAUCUUCGAUGCAUAUGUCGAAUUCGAAGAGUCCAUCUUACAGACCCUCAUGGACGACGCAUCCUCGAGAGCAGCCAAAGGCAUCACUGAUGCCGACAAGGACUUCAACCUUGACAUGCGUAUGAUGCGCUUUGAGCACCUGAUGGAUCGCCGACCUUUUCUGGUCAAUGAUGUUCUAUUACGCCAGAACCCCAACAAUGUCAUUGAAUGGGAGAAGCGUGUCGCACUAUGGAACAAUAAUCACGAACAAAUUGUGCAAACAUACACCGACGCCAUUGCAGCAAUCCAUCCGAAGAGAGCGAUUGGCAAGUUCCAUGAACUCUGGCUCAACUAUGCCAAAUUUUACGAGGAGAACAACGAUCUGGAUACAGCGCGCGUUAUACUCGACAAGGCCGUCAAGGUGCCGUACAAGUCCGUCGCAGAACUAGCAGAUACGUGGGUAGGCUGGGCCGAGAUGGAAUUACGGAACGAGAACUUUGAUGGUGCACUCAAAGUCAUGGCGACGGCCACGAAAGCCCCCAAGCGAAGCACAAUCGACUACUUUGACGAAACACUUUCACCCCAACAGCGUGUCCACAAGUCGUGGAAGGUAUGGAGUUUCUACGUCGACCUAGUCGAGAGCGUGGGUAGCCUCGAUGAGACAAGAGCCGUGUACGACCGCAUUUUCGAGCUGCGCAUCGCCACACCCCAGACAGUGGUCAACUAUGCCAAUCUGCUUGAGGAGAACGGAUACUUUGAAGAAUCGUUCAAAGUCUACGAGCGUGGCCUGGACGUCUUUACGUACCCCGUCGCAUUCGAACUGUGGAACAUGUACCUCACCAAAGCGGUUGAGCGAAAGAUCUCCAUCGAAAGACUCCGUGAUUUAUUCGAGCAAGCUGUGGAGAAUUGCCCUCCACAAUUCGCAAAGCCAAUAUUCCUCAUGUACGGUAGCCUCGAGGAGGAACGUGGACUCGCCAGGUCAGCCAUGCGUGUGUACGAGCGCGCGACUCGCGCCGUUGCCGACGAAGACAAAUUCGCCAUGUUCGAAUUCUACAUCACAAAAUCCGCGAGCAAUUUCGGCUUGACUUCCACGCGGCCCAUCUACGAGCGCGCUAUCGCCGCGUUGCCAGACAAAGAGGCGAAGACGAUGUGUUUGAAGUUUGCUGAGAUGGAGAGGCGGUUGGGCGAGAUCGAUCGUGCGCGGGCGAUCUACGGCCACGCGAGCCAAUUCGCCGACCCGAGAGUCGAAAAGGGAUUCUGGGACACUUGGGAGAAAUUCGAAGUGGCUCACGGCAACGAAGACACUUUCAAAGAAAUGUUGCGGAUCAAGAGGAGCGUGGCUGCCCAGUUCAAUACCGAUGUCGCCUUCAUCGCCAGUCAAGCUGUCAAGCGUGGACAGGCGGUUCCUGGUGGUGCCGGUGGUGCCGUGGAAGACACUAACGGACAAGAAGGCGGCGCCGGUGAUGCCAUGGCCGCUCUUGAAAGACAGGCUAGAGCUCCCGUCGGCUUCGUUGCGGCGAGCACAGGUCCCGAAGGCGGGAAUAGACCACCCGAAAAUGGCGAGGAGGAACCUGCAAAGCCGGAAGAGGCGAAUAAGGUCGCCGCGAACCCUGACGCUAUUGAUCUUGAUAUUGACGACGACGACGACGACGAUGAUGAUGAGUGAGGCUUUUCAGAUCGUGGGUUGAUUGGUCUUUGGAGCAAGCUUGGAUCUUUGGGGCUUGACCUAGGGUCGAUGUUGACAUGACUGGCUACGGCUUUGGAAGGGAAGAGAACAACGAGGACGUGUCAAACCCGGGCGGGUGAGAUUUUUAUGGUUCCAAAUAUUUUACAAGUAAAGCAAGGUGUUUUGAAAGGUGUUGUCUGAUAAUCAAAUCAGGAGGGGGGCCAAAGGAAAUACUCACGACUCAUUUGUCUUGUCUAUUCUUCUAUACUGUGUGCUGGUGAACAAAUUUUAAGUCGG